CCAUAUGGCUGGGAGAAGAUUGAUGAUCCCAUUUAUGGCACUUAUUAUGUUGACCACAUAAAUAGAAGGACACAAUUUGAAAAUCCUGUUCUGGAAGCUAAAAGGAAGCUUCAACAGCGUACCAUGCCCAACGCAGAACUUGGAACAAAGCCUAUGCCUGCCCAAGGUUUCCGAGUAGAAAGCACCCCAGCAACAUUACCUAGGCCCAAUCAUGUUCACCCGCGCCCUGCUCCUCAGAGGUCUCGCAGUGUGAGUGACCUGUUUCAGUGUCGGCGGGACAGUGCCGGAGUUUACAGGCUGUAUGAAAAACCACUCUUCACCCGGGAUGCCUCGCAGCUGAAGGGGACUUUCCUCAGCACAACUCUUAAAAAAAGCAAUAUGGGCUUUGGAUUUACCAUCAUUGGUGGGGAUGAACCUGAUGAGUUUCUGCAGGUGAAGAGUGUCAUUCCCGACGGGCCUGCAGCCCAGGAUGGCAAAAUGGAAACUGGUGAUGUCAUUGUCUAUAUUAAUGAAGUUUGUGUCCUUGGGCAUACUCACGCAGAUGUAGUCAAACUCUUCCAGUCUGUUCCCAUUGGUCAGAGUGUCAACCUGGUGCUAUGUCGUGGAUACCCUCUGCCCUUUGAUCCCGAAGAUCCUGCCAACAGCUUGGUGCCACCACUUGCAGUCAUGGAAAGGCCUCCUGUAGUAGUCAACGGAAGACAUAACUAUGAAACUUAUUUGGAAUACAUUUCUAGAACUUCUCAGUCUGUUCCAGAUGUAACAGAUCGGCCACCACAUUCCUUGCACUCCAUUCCAACAGAUAGUCAGCUUGAUAGUACAUUCCCACCACCCGUUCAUGAUGAUAAUGUAUCCAUGGCUUCUUCUGGGGCCACACAAGCUGAACUCAUGACCUUAACCAUUGUGAAAGGGCCCCAGGGCUUUGGCUUCACUAUAGCAGACAGUCCCACAGGACAGAGAGUGAAGCAAAUUCUAGACAUUCAGGGAUGCCCUGGUUUAUGUGAAGGUGACCUCAUUGUUGAGAUCAACCAGCAGAAUGUACAGAACCUGAGCCAUGCAGAAGUAGUGGAUAUACUUAAGGAAUGUCCAGUUGGAAGUGAGACUUCUUUGAUUAUCCAUAGAGGAGGAUUCUUUUCACCGUGGAAGACUCCAAAGCCUAUGAUGGAACGAUGGGAGAAUCAAGGCAGUCCUCAGACAAGUUUAUCUGCUCCAGCUAUACCACAGAAUAUCCCCUUCCCUCCCACCCUGCACAGGAGUUCUUUUCCUGAUUCCACAGAGGCCUUUGACCCAAGAAAACCUGACCCGUACGAGCUGUAUGAGAAGUCACGCGCUAUUUAUGAAAGUAGGCGUCCAGACUAUAAGGAUUUGGAUGUUCAUCUUCGGAGAAUGGAAUCUGGAUUUGGCUUCAGAAUUCUUGGAGGAGAUGAACCUGGACAGCCCAUCCUAAUUGGAGCAGUGAUUUCUAUGGGCUCAGCAGACAGAGAUGGCCGUCUACAUCCUGGUGAUGAGUUGGUGUAUGUCGAUGGAAUUCCAGUGGCUGGCAAAACUCACCGAUACGUGAUUGAUCUCAUGCAUAAUGCAGCUCGAAAUGGGCAAGUUAAUCUAACUGUGAGAAGAAAGGUGCUACCCACAGACUCCUGGAAUCAGAAAAAUUCUCUCCAACCUGGUGCAACGCCCCCUAGCAGCUCCCCAAACCCUAGGAAAAUGGCCAGUAACCAAGGGGAAUCGUGUCCGGAAAAUGGCAGAAGUCCAGGCUCUGUGUCUACGCAUCACAGUUCUCCGAGAAGUGACUAUGCCACAUAUGCUAACAGCAAUCACGCUGGAUCGAGUAGCAAUGCUACACCCCCAGAGGGCUUUGCUUCACACAGCUUGCAAACAAGUGAUGUCAUUAUCCAUCGCAAGGAGAACGAAGGGUUUGGCUUUGUUAUCAUAAGCUCCUUGAACAGGCCUGAAUCAGGAUCAACAAUAACUGUACCCCAUAAAAUAGGCCGUAUAAUUGAUGGAAGUCCUGCUGAUCGCUGUGCGAAACUUAAAGUCGGAGACCGGAUCUUAGCUGUGAAUGGCCAGUCUAUAAUUAACAUGCCUCAUGCAGAUAUUGUGAAGCUAAUUAAAGAUGCUGGUCUUAGUGUAACUCUUCGCAUCAUUCCUCAGGAGGAGCUGAACAGCCCAGCUUCCGCACCCAGCUCAGAGAAGCAGAGCCCCAUGGCCCAACAGCACAGCCCCAUGGCUCAGCAAAGUCCUCUCUCGCAACAGAGCCCAGUAGCACAGCAGAGCCCCGUAGCACAGCCAGCACCUCCGCAGCCGCUCCAGUCUCAAGGGCACGAAAACAGUUACAGGUCAGAGGUGAAAGCAAGGCAGGAUGUGAAACCCGACAUCCGGCAACCCCCAUUUACAGACUAUCGGCAGCCUUCGACGGACUACAGGCAGCCUCCAUUAGACUACAGGCACCCUCCAGUAUUGGAUUACCAGCAACCACCUCCUCUGGACUACAGGCAACCCCCUUUGAUGGAUUACAGGCAACAUUCUCCUGACACCAGGCAAUACCCCUUAUCAGAUUACAGGCAGCCCCAGGAUUUUGAUUAUUUUACUGUUGACAUGGAGAAAGGAACCAAAGGGUUUGGAUUCAGUAUUCGAGGAGGAAGAGAAUACAAAAUGGAUCUCUAUGUGUUGAGGUUGGCAGAAGAUGGGCCAGCAAUAAGAAAUGGAAGGAUGAGGGUGGGGGAUCAAAUAAUUGAAAUUAAUGGGGAAAGCACAAGAGACAUGACACAUGCCAGAGCAAUAGAGCUAAUAAAAUCUGGUGGCAGGAGAGUGCGGCUGCUAUUGAAACGUGGAACUGGACAAGUCCCAGAAUAUGACGAACCAAACUCCUGGAGUUCUCCCUCUGCCACCUCCCCAGGUCUGCCGGAAGUAACUAUUUCCCUCGAUGACAUUGUCUCACCAUUUUCUUCAUCACAUCUAGUCCAACCCUCUGACCCUUCCCACCAGAUGCACCCAGAAUCAACAUGGGAUAUCAAGAGGGAACCUGAUGUCAGAAAACCAAAGGAGCUUUCAGUGAACAGCCACAAAAAGAAAAGGUUAGGGGAGCAAACAGAGAAGUCUGCAAGCCCUAAAAAAGCAGACCGGUCAAAGCAUGAAGAGGCUUCCAGGAAAGGAAGCACAGAAAGCCAGAGUAAGUCCAGUGAAAGCGGCAGGCCGGCAUCGGAAAAUAAGGCAGUGGAAGGGAACACAACAGCCGAGGCUGGAGAACGAGAUCCUGGGUAUGCUGGAACCAAUGCCGAACUGGCUGGGAGAGCCAAGUGGCAGGAAAGCAGCAAAAGAGGAAGCUCUCUCAGCACAAAAGACCACAGUGCCACAGUUGCCACAGAAAAGAAAUCGGCUGCAGCUCCUGAACACGUCAAGCUCGAUUCCACUGGUGCUACAAAGACGUACAGUAGCAAUAGCUGCAGCUCUCAUGGGAGUGACAUGGACCAUGGUCAGAAGGAACCAGACAGGAGACCCAGCGAGUUCCCACGGAAGGGACACCCCCACUCCACUCACACGCGCAGCACCAACACAACAUCCCGGAAGGCAACUGUCUCGCCGGGACCAUGGAAGAUUCCUGGCUCCAAUAAGCUACCUGGCGUCCUAAAAUCUAGCACAUCUGCUAUGAGCAGAUAGAUUUGCGACUGUUGCCCUCUGUUUCUCAGUGAUGCAGAACAUCCUCCUUCGCUUCUGUCUCACGUUGGUUUACUUUAAUUUAUUUUAACUACCACACACAUCCAUUGCUCAAAACACUGAGAAACAGAAACAAUAAUGUGUAAUUCCAUGACAACGUGCAUAGCGUCUAAUCAGUUGAAGCAACGUGUAGUCACGCAGUAUUUAAAUGUGACCUUCAAGUCCCCAGUUUCAUUUUAGAGACUUUGGCAGCUAUGGAAGAAACCAAAAUAAUAUGAAGGACAGACAAACCACAAAGAUGGUGCAGUGUAGCUUUAGUAGGUUGUUUGUCAUUGAAUGAAGGACUUGGGAUUUUCAUUCAAACUUUAUAUCAAGAAACUGGAAGAAGUUUUAGCAAUCACAAACUGGAACAUCGCCUUAAAUAAAAAAUAAAAAACUGCACGGAGCAAAGCGGAAAGAGGAAGAGAAUCUUUUAUCUGAGUUAAAUGUUGUAAAUAAAAUUAUUCUCAACAUAUCCAGACAGGGGUUUGAUGCGUUUGAAAUUGUACACCCAUGACCAUGUCUCCACUGUUAACACUUUGGAAUGGGCCACCCCCAAGCCAGUAGCAGAAGUCAUGACACAAGGCAAGGAAUCCUAGUGGAUUAGCUGGUGCGAUUCCAUUUCUACUGCCUUUGUGUGUGUGUGUGUGUGUGUGUGUGAACAAAACCAUAUUUCUGUAUGUUGGGGAAAGGGAGUGGAAGUGUAUUUGCAAACCUAGCUUCAAAAGCAAUUUUCCGCAGGUGUCUCCCGUUCCCACACAGGGAAUCCCACAAACUACACAAAGUGUCAGCUACUCACGUGGAGAACCGUAACGUGUCGUUGCCACUAUGAGGAAGGGACAAUGAUUGAAAAACGCAGUCCUUUCAGAACAGUCUCUGUCUCUUGCAGGCAUUAAAAAGUGUCUAAGCGUUAGUCCAAUCUUCCUUU